CCGCUUCCUUCUCCGGGGCCGCCAUCUUGGUUUCCUUCCCGGAGAGGCUGGGGCGUCUGUGGCCGUCGAAGGCGAUGAAGCCCAUUACGCUUGCGGCGCGGUCCCUCUCGAAGAGGUUUUAUUCUCUCAAAACUUUACCUAAACCUGAAGUCUUCGCAGCAGCAAAGGAAGCAAAAGUACAACUUUCUCCCCAGGAUCUUGAGAUUACAAAACUUCCCAAUGGCUUAGCGAUUGUUUCUCUGGAAAAUUAUAGUCCAGUUUCAAGGAUUGGGGUCUUCAUUAAAGCAGGCAGCAGGUAUGAGACCACCGCCAAUUUGGGAACUUCUCACCUGCUCCGUCUUGCAUCUAACCUGACGACAAAAGGAACCUCUGCCUACCGGAUCACACGUGGUGUUGAAGCCGUUGGGGGCAGCCUAAGUGUGACUUCUACCCGAGAGAACACGAUUUAUUCCGUUGAAUGCCCACGCGAUUAUAUUGAUACUGUCCUGGAGUAUUUAAUAAACGUCACUACCGCUCCAGAAUUCAGGACCUGGGAGGUAUCUGCCGCCAAUCCCCGUUUAAGCCUUGACAAGGCCAUUGCCUAUCAAAACCCUCAAGUUGGCCUUCUAGAAAACUUGCAUGCAGCAGCUUAUCGGAAUGCUCUUGCCAACUCCUUAUACUGUCCAGACUACAGGGUUGGAAAGAUUACAUCAGAGCAGCUGCAGCAUUUUGUACAGAGCAACUUCACAAGUGCCCGAAUGGCUCUGGUGGGGCUAGGUGUCAGCCACUCUGACUUGAAGCAGGUCGGAGAGCAGUUUCUAAACAUCCGCAGCGGGGCUGGCUCAGCUGGGGAGAAGGCCAAGUAUCGUGGAGGCGAAAUCCGAGAGCAGAACGGCCAGAGCCUUGUCCAUGCAGCCGUAGUAGCAGAAGGAGCUGCCGGAGGAAGUGCAGAAGCAAACGCAUUUAGUGUCCUUCAGCAUGUUCUUGCGGCUGGGCCUCUUGUUAAGAGAGGAAGCAGAGUUACCAGUAAGCUCAUCCAGGGUGUUGCGAAGGCAACUCCGCUACCUUUUGAUGCAGCAGCAUUUAACGCAAAUUACAGCGAUUCUGGACUCUUUGGUGUUUAUACCAUAUCUCAGGCUUCAGAUGCCGGGGAGGUAAUCAAAGCUGCUUUGAACCAAGUGAAGGCAGUUUCCCAGGGUGGACUUACUGAUGCAGAACUCACCAGAGCCAAAAACCAACUGAAAGCAGCUUUCUUGAUGUCUGUCGAGUCUUCCGAAGGCUUUCUCGAUGAAAUUGGCUCUCAGGCACUGGCGUCUGGGGCGUGCACAUCGCCGGCCGCUGUGGUUGAGAAGAUUGAUUCUGUGGCCGCUGCUGACGUUGUGAAUGCUGCAAAGAAGUUUGUCAGUGGAAAGAAGUCGAUGGCAGCUAGUGGGGACUUGACAAAUGUCCCUUUUGUUGAUGAGUUGUGAGAAGCAAAACAUAGGAGCAGAAGCUCACAGUGAACUCUAACACAGUUGCAUUGAACUGCUUUUUUUCAUCCUGUAUUUAUGUGUCCCUGAUGCUCUGAAUCUGUAGGUUACACGUCCUAAGCGAAAUAAAGCGCAGAGCUCAUAAUCUUA